GUGAAGUUUGUUUUAGGUCUUUGUUUCAUUUUUUGGAAAAGAAAAGUUAGGAUUUAAAUAUAUCCAGACCCACACUCCGUUUCGGUAGGUGGCGGUAAUGUUUCCAAAAGUUCUUUGCCAUCCGCCAUUAAAAAGGAAAGAAGCAGAAGAAGAGAAGCUCGCAGUCGAGCAGCAACCAGAAGACGACAUCAGUGAAUCUGCUGGACUGUGGGAUGGAAGUGAAAGAGGAAGUCAAAGAAGAACAGAUAGAUGAAGGUGGUUUGAUUUAUUCAGACCUGAUGGAGGUCAAACAAGAAGUCACAGAAGCGAGCGAACAGACAGAUGAAGAUCUGAUGGUGAAGGAGGAAAGUUCACAACUCAAUAUAAUGGAGGAGAAAACUCAACAUUUCAUACCCAAAGAAGAACUGAGCUGCUUGAUGACUGAGAAGAAUUUGUCACAAAAAAAAAGAAACAAACCAAAAACAACAGCCAAGAAUCCUCUUAUGUUCAUUCGUAAGUGUGAACUUGCCGUCCACAUGAGAGUUCACACAGGAGAAAAGCCGUUUAGAUGUGAUCAGUGUGAAAAGAGCUUUCGUCGUAGGUCUUGCUUUAAUAUGCACAUGAGAAAUCACACUGGAGAAAAAACGUAUAGCUGUGAUCAGUGUGGAAAGAGCUUCAUUCGUAAGGGUGAACUUAAUCAUCACAUGAGAUAUCACAAUGGAAAAACACAUCACAGAUGUGAUCAGUGUGGAAAGAACUUCACUUGUGAGUCUUCUCUUAAUGUGCACAUGAGAAUUCACACUGGAGAAAGACCGUAUAGUUGUGAUCAGUGUGGAAAGAGCUUCACUCGUAAAAGCCACCUUGAUGACCACAUGAGCAUUCACACUGGAGAAAAGCCGUUUAGAUGUGAUCAGUGUGAAAAGAGCUUUCGUCGAAGGUCUUGCUUUAAUGUGCACAUGAGAAUUCACACUGGAGAAAGACCGUAUAGUUGUGAUCAGUGUGGAAAGAGCUUCACUCGUAAAUGCCACCUUGAUGACCACAUGAGCGUUCACACUGGAGAAAAGCCGUUUAGAUGUGAUCAGUGUAAAAAGAGCUUUCGUCGUAGGUCUUGCUUUAAUGUGCACAUGAGAAAUCACACUGGAGAAAACCCGUAUAGCUGUGAUCAGUGUGGAAAGAGCUUCAUUCGUAAGGGUGAACUUAAUCAGCACAUGAGAUAUCACACUGGAAAAACACAUCACAGAUGUGAUCAGUGUGGAAAGAGUUUCACUUUUAAGUCUUCUCUUAAUGUGCACAUGAGAAUUCACACUAGAGAAAGACCGUAUAGUUGUGAUCAGUGUGGAAAGAGCUUCACUCGUAAAUGCCACCUUGAUGACCACAUGAGCGUUCACACUGGAGAAAAGCCGUUUAGAUGUGAUCCGUGUGAAAAGAGCUUUGGUCGUAGGUCUUGCUUUAAUGUGCACAUGAGAAAUCACACUGGUGAAAACCCGUAUAGCUGUGAUCAGUGUGGAAAGAGCUUCACUCGUAAAUGCCACCUUGAUGACCACAUGAGCGUUCACACUGGAGAAAAGCCGUUUAGAUGUGAUCAGUGUAAAAAGAGCUUUCGUCGUAGGUCUUGCUUUAAUGUGCACAUGAGAAAUCAUACAACAGAAAAAACGUAUAGCUGUGACCAGUGUGGAAAGGGCUUUAAUUAUAAAUACUAUCUUAAUAUACACAUUAUGAGACAUCACACUGGAGAAAAGCCUCACAUCUGUGAUCAGUGUGGAAAGAGAUUCACUCGCAAAUCUUGUCUUAAUGUGCACAUGAAAAUUCAUACUAGAGAAAAACUUCAACAGAUGUGAUCAGUAGAGGUGUAACGGUUCUUGAUAAAAAUCAGAACGGUGCCAUUCACCUCUCUAGGGUCAGUACGUGUUUCAACCUCGGUUCGUCAACGCAUCUAUAAUGAAACAGUAGAAACAAAUUACUUGUCACAUCCUUUAGGGGGCGUGUACACAAAAGCAUUUAAACGCGGCUAAAAACGGCAAGCAGACACCGACUGUACUCGUUGCCAGCUUUUUUUAGCUGAGCACUUUGAUACAUCUUCUUUGUUUAUUAGUCAUUGAACGAUGCGGCGGUUGAUUGUUGUGAUAUUUAUCCCGCCCCCUCCUCUGCUGUGAUUGGACGACCGAGUGAGAAGUGACAUUGACGAGCUAAGCAUUUCCCCCAAAGUUCAACAUUUUUCAACUGUCGGUGCUGAGCACAGAAAAAACGUUAAGUGCUGGCGCUCAGUCCGAACAAAACUCACCAGCUACUGGCAUAUUUGGAAAGCGCUCCGCUUCUAUUGGAAACAAUUGAAACCAUAUGCCGGCAUAAACGUCUUGGUGUGCAUGAACACUUACAGUAGUCCAGUUAAUUCAAUUUAUUACAUUUAUUCAAAAUUGUUCAGCGCAAGUCCCGCUUGCUACUGUAUAACAUUAGACAAUAAAUUACAAGUCGUGAGUUUAAGGUUUGCAGGGUAAUGGAUGAAAAUUGAAAAUUCAUGAAAAUGGAUAUUAAUAUAAGCAGUACUAAUAUUUCAUAAACAGAGCUGUUUAGGAAUUACAUGAAAAUCUGUCACAAUGUAAUAAUGUAUUACAUUUAUUUUUAUAUUGAUCCACAGUUUCAGUUGUUUUUUGGUGGAAAAAUAAACGAAAUGAUGCUGAAAAAAUUAGAUAUCUUUAGCCAUUUUCUUGUUUUUAUGUUUUAUUUUAACACAAUAUUUUAUUAUAAUUUGAAGUAGUGUAAAGGCCUCUGAAAUGUUGUAUAUUGAGUCUGAAUAAACUGCAGAGCUUUGAUGUGAGAUUAUAAACAUAUUCUGUCCUUUAU